AGACUACCUGCAAUAGUUCUCUCAUCAAACUACAACAUUAUGAACAUAAAAUAAAGAACAUCUCUCAAAUUUUCUUUUGAACAAAGUAAUAAUAAUUGUAUAAUAUUGCUAGGAGUAACCAUCUAGAUAACUAAUACAAUUAGCUACCUCUUCCUUUUAACUAAUACGGUAUCUAUUUGUUAUCCUGCAGCAGGUAUAGAAUAGAGUAUCAUCACCGUAACCUGCCUAAUUCGUCUCAUAUUCCAUUAGGUAAAGACUUGAAUUCCACGUCGUACCUAUCCGCAACCAAGUAACAGAAACAGACCUCUAAUGUGUACCUGCAUAUCCCGAAUAGCACCGCCUUUACAGUCCCAUAACGCGCCCUUCGUGAUGCAGUAAAACAAAAAACAAAAAAACAUACUAAUGGAAAUUCCACUCAGCAAGUUUAUAUAUACUAUAUCAAUCAUCAACCAUACCCGAGUUGUGCCCAUUACGAUAACGCAUGUUUCUUGUUGUGACGUCUAAAUUAUCGUUAAAGCCCGUUACGCAUAAAAGUCUCGCUGCCUUCCAGAGGCUUUAUUAGAACCAGCGUAGAACUUCUUAGGGCUUAUAACUCAGAUCAGCCUAACUCAAUAAUUAAAAUGGUAAAAAUCCCAGCGUUCGAGGUGGAGCAAUGGAUGGACAGGUACGAGACAACCCCGGGAGUACUUAACAUUGCCGAAACAUGCUGCUCGUCUAUUUCGAUCGAUCAACUUGCACAGUUUAACAGCAACCCGGACAGCAAUGCUCGUCCGCUCGUCGAUACCUCUAGACCCAUGACGUACGGCCCCAUCCGGGGAUCGGAUGAGCUACGCCGGAAUAUCGCGGCCUUGUAUAACGAAGAUGCUAGCCCCGAAACUACCGUUCCUCUAUCUACCGAGGACGUUAUUGUCAUGCAGGGGGCCAUAUCAGCCAACCACUUGGUUUUCUAUAGCCUCGUUGGGCCGGGGGAUCACGUUAUUUGCGUCCUUCCAACUUACCAACAGCUGUACUCUAUCCCUGAAUCAUUAGGGGCUGAAGUUUCCCUAUGGAAGCUAAAGCCAGAGAAUGGGUAUGUACCCGAUGUCGCUGAGCUUGACAGCUUGGUCAAGGAUAACACGAAGAUGAUUGUCAUUAACAAUCCCAAUAAUCCGACGGGAGCCACAACCCCCAAAGUGGUCCUGGAAAAGAUAAUCGACUUUGCGCGAAAACGCGACAUUAUCCUAUUCUCAGACGAAGUCUACAGGCCGCUCUUCCACAGCCUAGAGUCAGGCCCUAUCCCGCCGUCCGUGCUAUUGAUAGGCUAUCCCAGGGCCAUAGCUACCAGUUCCAUGUCUAAGGCGUGGGCUCUAGCCGGUAUUCGAGUCGGCUGGAUUGCGUCGCGAGAUGCUUCUAUCAUGGAAGCCAUCGCCUCCGCUCGCGAUUACACUACGAUUAGCGUGUCACAGCUUGACGACCAGAUCGCGCGGUACGCUUUGAGCGCCUCUGUCCGGCCGCAUCUUCUUGCGCGGAACAUUUCCCUUGCCAGGGAAAACCUGAAACUUCUAGACCGGUUUAUCCAGGACCAUUCGUCUGUGUGCUCCUGGGUGAGGCCGACGGCAGGAACUACAGCUUUCGUGCAAUUCAAAAACAAGAAUGGGAAUCCAGUCGAUGAUGAGGCAUUCUGUAAGGAUGUUCUGGAUAAGACCAAAGUUAUGUUUUUACCUGGAGCUCGGUGCUUUGAAUACGACCAGACCUCGUCCUUUGCUGGAUUUGUUCGUAUUGGCUAUGUGAGCGAGACGGAGGUACUUCACCACGCAUUAGAAAAACUUGGUUCAUAUCUCGCAGACUAUCUUCAGUGAGAACUAACCGAGUACUAAAGUAAUUAAUAAACUUCCUUCUAACCGCGGUACAUUGAACAAGUUACCAUGAAGCGAACACACAUGCGCAUCAUGGAUACCACAGUCAAGGUUUCAUUUAGAAUACAAAUCUGAAAAUAAUUAAAAAGCAGGCACAUGUAUAAACAUACCUAGGAGGUAGGUAAGCACCUAACCUAACAUUGGCGUCUAUCUUUGGUACCUGUUAUGAGACGCUCGAUUAUAUGUUAUAUGAACUUCACCUCCUCAACACCUUUAGAAGAAGAUAUUGUCACCCUAUGGAGUCUCGAUUCCGAUUCGCCGGAUUGGACAUUUGCCCAGCUUCCGAACUGUGACCUACUAUGUAACCUGGUAGCAGGUACGGAGGGAGAGGGUGGGAACAAGGGCAAGCUGUCUAUCUGCACUGCGACGACAUUGCCGGUAAUCUAAGUAGCAUGACAAAGUAGCAUGGUAAGAUAGCAAUACCGCAUCAAUACAACUCUAGAUUGACAUCUUUCCGCGGGAUGCAGAGAAAAGAAUAAGUACGGAGUAUGAAAAAAAAAAAAAAAAAAAAAAAAA